UGAAAAGAUGAAGAUGUAUAUAGGCUUACUACUAGAGUCAUUGAGAAAUUUAUUAGAAAAUUCUGAGUAGUAGUUACUCGGUUUUCUAUUAUAUGCUAAUAUUAGCAGAAAUCAUGGCUACAGCAAAAUAUGAUCUUGACACUUCUGGGAGUCUUAUGCCGCAAAUCCAAGCAUUAAUCGCCCCACCACCAAACGAAGGAGAGUCAAAGAAGAAGAAAGAAUACGAACCUCGCUAUUGUCGAUCAGGACGAGCAGUAAACCAUGAUUGUUGUGAUAGUUGUGAGGAAGGAGGUGAUUUGAUUUGUUGUGAUCGUUGCCCAGCAUCUUUUCAUCUUCAGUGCCAUAACCCACCAUUGGAAGAGAAAGACUUGCCAAGAGGAGAGUGGUUAUGUCAUCGUUGUAAAGUUUUACUCACUGAAACUGAUGAUGAUGCAGCAUCAACAUGUAGCAUCCAGAGCCUACACAGCUUGGGCAAAGGAUCUCAGAAGGAUGGAUCUGUCCAGAAAACUGGGCAAAAUGCCCAAGCAAAUGGAACCUGUCAAAAUAGUCAAGUGCCAGAAAAUGGGCAUCAGAAGUCCAAAGAGUCUUCAGGAAAAAGCAAGUCAAAAAGAAAAUCCCCGUGUCCAAAUAUAGAGUCCAUGGACAUCGAACUCACACCAGAAAGAACUAUAGAUGAGAAAAGUACACACCCACUUCAUUUGCUGGUUCGGGCAGCAUCUGUUUUGAAUCCAAAGCAGUUUGAGCUACCAAAUGAACUAAUGUGUACAACACAACUUCCAGGUUCUAGUAAAAGACUACGAGUUCAAGAAGGAGGCCGCGCCGUGUCUAAGAAAUUAGCACAUGAGCUAGAUAAUGGUAUUGUACCACUUCCUGCUAAACUCUGCUUUCAGUGUAGAAAAAGCUGUAGGAGAGCUCCACUGAUCCAGUGUGAUUACUGCCCCUUACUUUUUCACCUCGACUGUCUGAACCCUCCAUUGACUACAGCACCCUCUGGAAGAUGGAUGUGUCCAAACCAUGCUGAACACAUACUGGAUGAGAAGUUACUGACAUCAGUGAGCUUGAUUGAAAGGGUGAAGUUAUGGGACAAGUGUGACGGGCAGAUGUCUCAAGAUACCGUCAAGUUGAACUUUUUUAAAAAAGUCCACAGAAAAAACCGACCAUUCCGAUACAAAGUAAGACUACCACCUCGGAAUACAGUGAGGGUCCCAGAUGCAAUUAAAAUGCAAUACAGAAGCCCUCCCUCACUCCUGCCAAAGGUAACAGAACCACUGCCACUAUCUUCAGCUUACAACUCGUUCAUUAAUACUGCCAAACAUGAGGAGCAAGAUGAGUGGUUGACCAGUGUGGUGACCUUACAGUCCAGUAUUGCAAAUCAUCUGUCUAAAAAACAAACUUCAUUCAUCAGUGAACCUAGCUCGUACUCAGGUGCAAAAUCAUUGUCAAGCGUUACAAGUAACGCCUCUUCAUCAUCGAAUGCUAUGUCCUCGUUACACCCUGUCACAAACUGUAAUUCUUCCACAUUGUCAGAUAAGAACUCUAGUGAUAAUAAAACAUUUACAAAUGGUAGUUUUUCAAGUUGUCAGUCAAGUCCAGGAAUAUCUUCCUUGAGUCCAGUAAGCCCCAGUGCUGUAAGAAGCACCAAUCGUUCAGUGGACAAUAAUAUCAUUGCAAAUGGUGAACAUGACCAGUCUGAAAAUACAAAACUUAAAGCUAGUUCAGAAGAAACAGAACUUCAAAAUGAAAACAUUAAUAGUGUGGCAAGCUGUGGUCAGGCCAUGCAGGAUAGUAAUUCUCAGGAAACUCUGGUAUUGGAAAAAAGCACAUCCUCAAAUACUUUUUCUGUGUCUUAUAUAACCAAUGUUACAACCUCUAUUCCUGUAGUUACACAAGAGUUUCCUGUUACAGCAGGAUUAGCCCAUUCUUCACAGGGUGGCAGCAACACCAGUCAGAAACAUGGCACUGCUGUAGAAACAUCAGAAUAUCGAGUUACAACAUCUGUUCCUGUAGUUACACAAGAGUCUCCUGUUCCAGCAGGAAACAAUGUCGGCCAGAAACAUGGCACUGCUGUAGAAACAUCAGAAUAUCGAGUUACAACAUCUGUUCCUGUAGUUACACAAGAGUCUCCUGUUCCGGCAGGAUUAACCCAUUCUUCACAGGGUGGAAACAGUGUCGGCCAGAAACAUUGCACUGCUGUAGGAAACAAAACUAAGGGUCUUUUCCAGUCUACUGUUGUGAGCACAUUAGAUGGCACCCCUCAUACACCUGGUAAGGUGAUUCCACUUGGAUCUUCAGUUCCUUCUUUCAGCAGUCUCAACACCACAUUGCAGACUUGUGUUGAUGAAAACAAAGAAGUGGAUUUUCUUGAUGGAAAACUGAUCAGAAUGCUGGCAUGGCAGAGACUACAGCAGCUGGUACCCCAAGCUUCGAUAACCAAGAAACCAAACUCAACAAUAGAGUCUGCAGAUGUUAGAGCCAGAGCUGUUAUGUGUCCUGUCUACAGAGGACCGACUGUCCCAAUGCCAUACAGAACUUUAACUUUAGGAACAGGUAAGUGGUUUUUACCAGAUUACACUGUAUUUGUUUAA